GUCUAAACUAUGAGGAAUAAUAUAAUUAGGUUUCCAGAAAAACAAGCAGACAUUUUAAAUUAAACGCAUUUAAAAUUUAACAGUCUUCGACAGCACUUCAAAGUGUUAAGACUAGACAGCUAGUGAAGAAUUUUCAAGUAGAGAAAACAAGUCCUGAAGAUCCUGAAAACAUUAUAACCUUUAAGCUGUAAAAGACUGAACAAACCUAUAUGGCAGCCACAGCACCAGCAGCUUCUGCUGCAGCUCCAGCCCCAGCAGCAGUUGCAGCAGCCACUGCAGCACCCAAAAAUCUAGUAGAAAUUGCUGGUGAAGGAGCUUUCACCAACUACAUGAAAAACCGCUUAAGACGUGGUGGCAUGAAACGUAAAGGCAUGCAAGUGGUUAUGGGUCAUAAGUUUCUAAUAAGAUUCUUCAAACAACCCACAUAUUGUGGUCAUUGCAAGGACUUUAUAUGGGGCUUUGGCAAGCAGGGUUUUCAAUGUGAAGAUUGUCGCUUUAAUAUUCAUCAAAAAUGUGUAAAUUUUGUGGUGUUUAAAUGUCCUGGCGCUGAGACUGAUAUUGAUGCUGAUUGUGCCAAAGUAAAGCAUAGCUGGGUAUCAACCACCUAUUCGACUCCCACAUUCUGUGAUGACUGUGGUCUACUACUGCAUGGUGUAGCUCAUCAGGGAGUUAAGUGUGAUAACUGUAAUUUAAACAUACAUCAUGGCUGUAAGGAUAAAAUUCCACCAUUUUGUGGUUCGGAUAUUGGUGAGAUAAGAGGUAAAUUGCUGUUAUAUGUUGAACUUAAGGGAAAUUCUCUAAAGGUGGAAAUCAAAGAGGCUGCUAAUCUAAUACCUAUGGAUACUAAUGGCCUUAGUGAUCCCUAUAUAGCCGUGCAAUUACAUCCCGAUCGCAGUGGCAAGACUAAAAAGAAGACCAAAACGAUACAAAAGAAUUUAAAUCCAGUAUUCAAUGAAACUUUUACAUUUGAUCUUACACCACCCGAUCGUGAGAAACGUUUACUUAUAGAAGUUUGGGAUUGGGAUCGUACCUCACGUAAUGAUUUUAUGGGUUCAUUUUCCUUUAGUAUGGAUGAGUUGCAAAAGGAACCCAUUGAUGGUUGGUAUAAAUUUUUGUCGCAGGUAGAGGGUGAACAUUACAAUAUACCUUGUACUGAUCCUGUUAAUGAUAUUGCACGCUUAAGAGAUGAAGUUAGGCGUGAAAAACCCACUAAUACACGUCGCAUGGAUAACAAAAAUAUGCCUCACAAUAUGAGCAAACGUGAUAUGAUUAGGGCAGCCGAUUUUAAUUUCAUUAAGGUUUUGGGCAAAGGUUCAUAUGGCAAGAUACUAUUGGCUGAGCGUCGUGGUACUGAUGAACUAUAUGCUGUGAAAGUAUUAAGGAAAGAUGUUAUCAUACAAAGUGAUGACAUGGAAUUGCCCAUGAUAGAGAAAAGUGUUUUGGCACUACCGGGUAAAUCACCAUUUUUGGUUUCACUACAUUCUUGCUUCCAGACUAUGGAUCGUUUAUUUUUUGUUAUGGAGUAUUGUAGGGGAGGAGAUUUAUUAUUUCAAUUGCAGAAAUAUGGCAGAUUUAAAGAAUCGGUGGCCAUAUUUUAUGCCGUUGAGGUGGCAUUGGCUUUAUUCUUUUUACAUGAACGUCGCAUUAUUUACCGGGAUUUGAAAUUGGAUAAUAUUUUAUUGGAUUUGGAGGGCCAUGUUAAGUUGACCGAUUUUGGUUUAUCUAAAGAUGAAGUAUCCGAAAAUGAUACUACUAAUACUUUUUGUGGCACUAGUUCUUAUAUUGCUCCCGAGAUAUUAAACUUUGAACCUUAUGGUCAUCCAGCAGAUUGGUGGUCUUAUGGUGUCUUAUUGUAUGAAAUGAUGGCUGGUCAACAACCUUUUGAGGGCGAUGAUGAUAAUACCAUUUUCAAGAAUGCCAAAGAAAAGAAGGCCGUAUUUCCGAAACAUUUUACUCAAGAGUCAAUGGAUGUCAUAACUAGCUUCUUGGCCAAAAAACCUAACAACCGCUUGGGAGCUGGCCGCUUUGCUCGUUCGGAGAUACAAUCUCAUCCCUUUUUUAAGGGUGUUGACUGGGAGGCGGCUGAGAAUAAGGAUUGGUUAGAUCCUCCCAUUGUGCCCCAUAUAAAACAUCGCAAAGAUAUUUCACAUUUCGAUCAAACUUUCACUCAAGAGAAAACCGAUUUAACUCCUACCGAUAAAUUAUUCAUGAUGAAUUUGGAUCAAAAUGAUUUUAUUGGUUUUUCCUAUAUGAAUCCGGAAUUUAUAACAAUGAUAUAAAGUUAAUUCAAGUAUAAUAAGUUUGAUUAUCAGAAUUGAAUAUAUAUCUAAACUGAAUAUAAAAGUUAUUAUAAAUAAUGCUAA